CAGCUGUUCACUCCCCGGAAGGUGUGUAAACAAAUAAUCCAAAAAAGAAUUUUCUUUCCGCAUUCAUUUAUAUUUCAUUACAAUUGCAUAGUUAGGAUAGAAAAUUUAUGUGUGAAAAAUUGGAAAUAUUUAUUCCGCGUUUAAAAAAUGUACAUUUUCGGUUUGAAAUUAAGUUUAAGUAAAAAGUAAAGGGUUGAAAUUUUCUAGAAAUGAGUGAGGUUUUGGAAAUGAAUCCAUUAAACUGUGAUGCCUCCGUAUCGCCCCGGCCCUCUAAAGCAGAGCAUCUCAUUCAACAAUUGAAUGCGAAUAAUGCUAAAAAAGUAGCACUUUUAUUGGUCCUUGGGUUUGUCGCCUAUCAUGGUAUUUUAAAUUGGCAAUAUGGAAGCGAUUCCUGUCAAUGGCUGUUAUCUAAAGGCCGUUUCAAAGGUGAUAAUGAAUGGCAACCUUAUGGCUGCAUGAUGCAUAAAUAUACUGAAACAGAUACGCGCCGCUGCCUCCGCUAUUUAGCCUUUUGGGGUUAUCGCAACAACUUUGUUUUCAUUGGUGAUGAGAGUAUGCGAGAGCUUUAUCAGAGUUUUAUAAAUCAUUUACACCCCAAUGACGAUGACAAUAUUUCUUCAACAAUUUUGGCCGUGCCAAAAGAUGAUAAUUUCGAAGAACGACAGCUUAAUGUACGUGCACGUUAUAUAUACACUAGCCAGGUAAACUUGGCUUUGCUAGACACACUCACCAAAUUAGAAGAUGACAAGGAAUUACCGGUAAUACUCAUUAUGGGUUUUACCUAUCGCAACUUUCUGGCUGGCAAUGUAACAGAUGAACUUAUAAAACAAUUUACGAGAAACUUAACGCGUCUUGUAGUGCCAUUCGACCAAUUUGUGGCGCACAAGACAAAAGUAUUAUGGAAACUGCAAGAUCGCAUUAAUGAGGAGAAAGUGGCGCAGACGCCAUGGAAGUCAGUACUCAACGACGAUAUCGAUCGUUUAAACCAAGCUGCUUUAUCUGUUUUUCAUUAUUCCGACGCCAUCGUGUGGGAGGCGGCAUGGCAAAUAGCAAACGGUCUGGUGGACAGCGCAGUUGAGGGUUUCCGUUUGAGUGAUUUAGGUUUGCGACACGAGGUCCAAAUUUUGCUUAAUAUGUACUGCAACGACUAUAUGAAUUACAAUGACGGUACGUGUUGCGCUAGCGCAGAACCCUUCACGACUUUGCAGAUUGUUUCUUACGCCAUUUUCGGUGUGUGUAUUACGCUGGUCUGCGUUAUGUUACUGCGCCGUUGGUUGUUACAUUUGCGCGGUCAUACGUUUUAUACGCCGCUCACACAAAUACCAAGUUAUCAGAACUUACAUCCUACCAGCGCCUCAGUGACGGGUUCAUUGUCCAAUGGCUCAACGUCAUUUGCGCUGUCCGUAAUGGAUUUCUUCACACCACUCGCUAUGCUAGGCAUUAUUAUGGCCUACUUCUAUCUCUGCGAUCGCACCAACUUCUUCAUGAAGGAAAACAAAUACUACUCGGAGUUUAGUUUCUGGAUACCAGUAGGUUAUGUAUUUGCUUUGGGUAUAUUCUUUACCGAAGAAUCGCGCUUUACAAAAGUGCUGAAUCGCGACCAAACUGACGAACUGAAAGGUUGGAUCAUGCUUGUCGUGCUCAUCUACUACAUGACGGGCGCGCAUCGUGUGCUGUCCAUACACAUGCAUAUUAAACUACUGAUCAGCAGCUAUCUAUUCAUCACGGGCUAUACGCAUUUCAGCUAUAUGUGGCAAACCGGUGGCAAUUCGGCCUUUGUGCGUUUCUUUCAAGUGAUGUUUCGCUUGAAUUUCGUUACGGUCGUUCUCUGUUUCUGCAUGAAUCGUCCCUAUCAAUUCUACUAUUUUGUGCCGUUACUUACAUUCUGGAUGUUCGUCAUCUACUUCGUAUUAUCACUGCCGCCACGCAUCAGCGCGCAAUCAGUGGAUUCACAUCCUUUGCAUUAUCUGUAUUUGGUUGCGAAAUUCAUUGGCUGCUUCAGCGUCAUCACGAUACUCUUCAUGUCGGAAGUGUUCUUCGAACGCAUUUUCCUCACACGCCCGUGGAAAGCGCUCUUUGUGAGCACCGACGAUGAUAUACACGAAUGGUGGUAUCAGUGGAAAUUGGACCGUUACACUGUGACCUUUGGCAUGAUAUCGGCCGCUUGCUUUCACAUCGCACAAAAAUAUAGUAUUUUCGAUGACAACAAUCAUGGUAACCUCUUUGCACGACGCACAUCCAUCACCGUUACUUUGUUGGCGCUACUUGGCGUUGGUUUGUACACGACAUUCUCGUUUCUCUGCCGCAACGAACAGGAUUGCGAAGAGAUACACUCGUACAUCGUCUUCAUACCCAUUGUGGGCUAUAUUGUGCUGCGUAAUAUAUCGGGCAUAUUGCGCACGCGCUACUCCACAUUCUUCGCGUGGUUCGGUCGCAUAUCGCUGGAGUUGUUCAUCUGUCAAUACCACAUUUGGCUAGCCGCCGAUCGGCAUGGCGUGCUAGUGCUGUUGCCUGGCUUUCCCACUCUAAACAUGAUCGUAACGUCGUUUAUAUUCGUGUGCGCAUCGCACGAAGUGCAUCGCAUAACGCAAACGCUGCUGCCAUAUGCAGUGCCCAAUGACUGGAAGUUGGUCAUGCGCAAUUUCGUGAUAUUUUUGAUUAUAUUGAUACCGGUGGGACGCGCGGAUGGCAUGUUUUAAGCAUGUCGUGACACACCCAUAGCACCAAAGCGUUAUUAACUAAGCUUAUACACAAUAUAAUAUAUUAUAAAUGAUUAAUAACAAAUUAACAAAACGUAGCAACAUAUGGUAAUUAAUUAAAAUUCUUGACUUACGAGCAAUUAGCAUAUCUAAAAUUUAAAUUAACCUUUGAAUUGGCUUACUUGUAGCAGUAAGCACAUAUGUAUGUACAUACAUACAUACUUGCAAUGAAGUCUGCAUACAUACAUACAUAUAUGCUUCUGUGUUUACACAACAUAUUCGACAUGUUGACCCCAAGGGUCGUUAACUUAAAUUCAUAGUAUUGGCUUUUUUAAGUAUUUUAAGCACAAAAGUCGUAGCAUUGUUGUUAUUUGUAUACAAAAUGUAUGUGAGACACACAUACAUAUAUACAUAGAUAUACAUAAAUACUUACGCACGCACCAAGCUUAAUUGCAAAUGUGAGAAAUACAUACAGAUAUAUAUUUUGUACGCUAAUUUAUUAUUGAAUUUAUUGUAAGUUUAGUUUAAGCGAAACUUAAUUUUUUUUUGGUCGGUAAUAAAGCUGUUCGCUACUUUUUAGUAGUUUAGCAUAUAAGCAGUUGUGAGUAUUAGCUGACGCCAUAAGCGAAAAGCAGUUGCAAAUAUAAGUUGUUCAUUAUGUAAAUGAGUAUGUACUUAUAAAAAUAAGCGCUAAGUAUGAGUACUGGAUUAUUAGAAUAAUAAUAAAUAAAUGCUUUCAAUACACGUAAA